UUAUUGCUAGGACAUUUUACUCUGCUAGCUUACCCUUUCACUUUGCUAAAAACCCGUAUUGGAUUGAGAUGAUCAAGUUUGCAGCUAAUAAUAAUUUAGCGGGCUAUGUUCCUCCGGGUUACAAUAAAUUAAGAACAACUUUGUUGCAAAAAGAGAAGGCACAUAUUGAGAAGUUGUUGAGGGCAAUUAAAGACACUUGGAAAGAAAAGGGUUUAAGCAUUGUAAGUGAUGGGUGGACAGAUGUACAAAAAAGGCCACUUAUCAAUUUUAUGGCUACAUCACAGAAAGGGCCAAUUUUUAUCAAAUCCAUUGAUGGUACCAAAGAGUACAAAGACAAGCACUUCAUUGCUGACUUGUUUUUAAAGGUCGUUGGUGAGGUUGGGCCUCAACAUGUUGUUCAAAUUAUUACUGAUAAUGCGUCUGUUAUGAAGGCUGCAGGAUCUAUUGUUGAAGCUGAAUAUCCUCAUAUAUUUUGGUCACCUUGUGUUGUGCAUACUCUCAAUUUGGCUUUGAAGAAUAUAUGUGCACCUAAGUACUCUUUGCAGAAUGAGGAUGCAUAUAAUGAAUGUAACUGGAUUGCACAAGUUUCAGAUGAGGGAACUUUCAUUCGUAUUUUCAUCACAAAUCAUUCUAUGAGAUUAGCAAUUUUUAAUUCAUAUUCUCCUUUGAAGUUACUUGCUGUUGCUGAAACACGAUUUGCUUCAAUAAUUAUCAUGCUUAAAAGAUUGUUUCAAGUAAAACAAAAUCUUCGAAAUAUGGUUGUUAGUGAGGAAUGGAUGUCAUAUAGAGAAGAUGAUGUAGGAAAAGCUCAAACUGUGAGGGAUUAUAUUUUGAAUGAUUUGUGGUGGGACAAGGUUGCAUACAUUCUAAGAUUCACAGAACCUAUUUAUGAGAUGCUUCGAGUGGCUGACACGGAUGCACCUAUUCUCCAUAAGGUGUAUGAAAUGUGGGAUUCCAUGAUAGAAAAUGUGAAGAAAGAAAUAUACCAACAUGAAGGCAAGGAAGACUAUGAGGAGUCUCCAUUCUAUAAUGUGGUACACAAUAUACUUAUUGAAUGGUGGACUAAAAAUUGCACACCACUUCAUUGCCUAGCCCACUCCUUGAAUCCAAAGUAUUAUACUAUUAAAUGGAUUGAGGAAGUUAGAGGCCGUGUUGCACCACAUAAGGAUGCUGAAAUUUCAGUGAAGAGAAACAAGUGCCUCAAAAGGAUCUUUCCUGAUCCUGAUGAUAGGCAAAAAGUUAAUGUGGAGUUUGGUUUGUUUAACUCAUUACAGGCUUAUGAUGAGGAUAACAUGGAGGAUAGGUGGAGCUACAAUCCAAUGCUUUGGUGGUCAACUUAUGGGUCCACUUUACCACUACUUCAAACUUUAGCUCUAAAACUUCUUGAACAGCCUUGCUCAUCAUCAUGUGCUGAGAGGAAUUGGAGUACCUAUGGCUUCAUCCAUUCUAUGAGGAGGAAUAGAAUUACUCCUAAACGUGCUGAAGAUUUAGUGUUUAUUCAUUCUAAUCUUCGACUUCUUUCAAGGAGGAGGCCCGAGUACAAUAGUGGAGAAUCUAAGAAGUGGGACAUUGGUGGAGAUAAUUGGGAUGAACCAUUUGGAGGACCUGGGUUGCUUGAGAUUGCUUAUCUCACACUAGAUGAGCCAAAGAUGGAGACAAGUAUUGUUGAGAAUAAUGAUUAUGUUGAUGAUGAUGAUGUUGUUGUUCUUUGAUAAUCUUGUAGUUUA